UUCCUGUUGUUUAACUUUAUUUUUUAAGUCUAUAAUUUUGUAAAAUCUUAAUUACUCGAAAAAAUUGAGGAUAAUAAUUAAUUUAACCGAGUUUUGGAUAAUUUUACGGAAAUUGCAACAUUUUGCGCAUGUCAAAAACAUCAAAUAAGUGUAGAUGACGCUGCAAUCGUUAAUUUUUACCAGAUAUCUGAUGUCAGCAGUAGUCACUUUGCUUUUGAAGAAUUUAUGGUUUUUCCGAUAAUUUUAUUAAAAAGUACAUUGAAAGAUAAAGAUAUAGUCUUUAGUGAUAGUUAUGUCGUGAAGAUAAAUUGUGUCUAAUAAGAAGAAACAGUGUUCGAUAGUGAUAACAUAUUGUCUGGUGUGUGAAAAUUUUGCUGAUUUAAAACUCAAGGGUUAUGAGGCUUAAAAGUCUAGCUUUUAAAAGACUUAUAUAUUUUUUCAAUAUUUAUAAACUUAUUCUAAAUAUUCAUAAUGGCUAGUAAAUGCAAAGAAUGUGGUUGUAUUUGUUCGCGAUGUAUUAAAAACGAAAGAAGACUCAGUGAUAUGCAUUUGCAUGCGGAAAUUGAAAAUCUCCGGCAACGUUUAAUGGAACGUGAUAGUCAUAUUGUAACAAUGGAAACGCAAUUUUUAAAUGAAGCUGAUAAAUUUCCAAAUGGUGAAUUAGCUUCAUUGAAAGAUGAAAUGCUUAUUUGGCAGGACAAGUAUGCAAGACUUUAUGAGGCUCAUAAAAGAGUGCAAAAAGUAAAUCAGAAUCUAGAGGAUAAGCUUUUGAGAAUCGUUGAUAAAUGUGAGACUGAGAAAGGUGCCUUUACAAAGGACAUAGCAACUCUAUCCCAUAGAUUAGCAGAUGCCAAUUAUACUGUUCAUCGUUUAACGCAGGAUAAUGAAAAAUAUAGGAAUGAUGUUAAUUUAGCUAUUCAAUUGCUACAGUGUAAACCUUCGAAUUUCAUAAGUCAAAAAUACGAAUCGUUACCAUCCGAAAUGCAAGCCAAAGUGAGAACCUAUAUUGCCCAAAAGGGACCGAUUUCGGAACCGAAGCAAAGUGAAGUUAAAAGUAUAACCGUACCAAUAUCAACAUUUCCACCAACUGCAAUGGUUUAUAAUGUAACGCGAGCGAGCAUUUCAAAAAGUGACAGUUCAAGCUCAGACGAUGAUCCAAAACCGCCUGUUGAUGUUGUCUCUGCGGCAAUUAUGGCAAAAGUCCUUGAGGAUCGUGAAAAAGAACGAAUUUUUGCCAGACAUUGUGAUACCUGUACAUGUCAUAGAAGCGUAUUAAAAGUAAAUACCGAGAUGCAAACUGUAAAUGUUUACAAUACAUGCAACGAAUGUCAAACCAGAGAGGAUUCUUCUCGAGCUAAUGAUGAAAAAAUGGAUUAUUUAAAAAAUGAUCGUACCACCAAGUUGCAUUAUAAUCAAAUUCAAAAAUCCUAUUCACAAUCAUUUUUGCCCGUAGUAAAUGAUUGUACGAAAACAUUUAGUAAAAUAAGAACACAAAAUAGUGAGAACAAUUCAAAACACACGAUUUAUCAUUAUGUAAAUGAAGUUGCUGAGAGUAAAAAUAAUCAAAAAUCUGAAAAUUCCAAAUUAACAAAUCGUUCAUCAAUAUUGGGUGCGAAAAAUUAUUCAAAUUUCAAAAAUACAAUGAAACAUCAAAAUUCAUUGAAUACACAAAAUAUAACUGCCGAGACAAAACUUUUGGCACCAGAAAAUUCUGACGAUAAACUAGAGGAGAAAAUUGAUCAUAUAAAAACAUCUAAAAAAUUUAAUCAAUGGACUGACAUUGAGAAUGAUUCAUUGGAAGGACGAGCUGCUCAAGUUGAGAUAAUUAAUGAUAGACUUUGGAAAAGCAAUUGGAAUAAGUCAGAAUUUCAUGAUUUUAAUCAUUCCAAUGAUGAUUAUCGAACUCGAAUUGGAAAAGAUACACAUAUUGAUGUGAUUAAUGAUAGAGUUUGGAAACAUAAUAAAUCCAAAACGAAGGAAAAGAAACCAACACAAUUGACACUCAUUAAAGUAGGAAGUGUUGAUGAAUUGACAAAUAAUAGUGAAAUCAGGCCAGAAAGUACAGUGAGUCCAAGUUUCAGCAGUGAUAGUAUUAUUUUUUCAACUUCAGAUCCAUCAAGUAUUUCCAGUGAUGUGCAAUCGACAAACAAAGGUCUUUCCAAGCAGGAGAAAAAGAAUUGUAAUAUUGAUCUUCAAACAAAUAAACCGGAACGAACUCCAGGACCAAGAAGUUGUGUAAUGAGACUAUCAGGUAAAUCGAAUAAUAUUCUUUUAGAUAAUGUGGGAAAUUAUCAACCAAUUCUCACGGCAAAUUCAGUUACGUUUCCAAAUACUGCUUUGGUACAUACGACAAGUUCAUGUCGUUCAGGAAGAACCGUAUCAACAAGUAGCGAAGAGAAUUCAUCAAUUUUAUCUCCUGAUAAUGUUCAUCUACAAAGAGUCGCCGAUUGGGUAAAAUCAUCAGUGCAACUUGACAAAUCAACAUCAUCAUUAUCAAAUCAAUCGGAUAAAUUGUCAAUUGAUACAAAACAUUUUAAUCAAUUUUCAAGAGAUGAAUCAUUGGAGAUUAAAGAGGAAAAUGUUGUUGAAGAAUCAUUUGAACGUGUCGAGAAGAAGAAUAAGAAGAAGGAGGAGGAUCUCAUCAUUUUUGAUCCAAGCAGCGAUGAGGAAAAGGAUAUAAGUGAUUUAAAAGUGAGUUCUGUUAUAGACGAUAAAUUUAAUGUUAAAAAUGUUACGAAGGAAAAUUUUCCAAUCGAUGAUGAUUAUCAACUUGAUGAUCAAGUCUCAAUGAGAAAUUCAACAGUUGAUAAUCAUUACGAUGAGGUGAAAGUGACAAAAGAAAUGGAGGAGACAUAUUUAAAAUUGACUGCAAGUCUUGAUCCUGUUGCAUUAAGAUUGGCGAGUAUGACUGGUACAGAUUUGACGAUUGAAAAAUACAGGAAAGAUCAUAAACGUCUUCAAAAUCAGAAAAUUCCUUCUAAAUCAGGUUCAUCAACGUAAUAUUUGAAUUUUGGUGGGAGAUUAAUUUUCGUUAAUUUCUUUAAAUUUGUCAAUUAAUUUUCUUUAUAUAAAGUAUUUAAAUAAUUUAUUUACUAAAGUGAGUAAAAAAAUUUAAUAAUAAUAUAAUGUUUGGGCAUAAUAAUAAUUAUAAAUUAUAUUAUUAUUAUUAUUAACGUAUUUUACACUCACUCUAGUUCUGCAUUUUCUAAAGUUGCAGAUGAUAAAUGAGAUUGUGAUACAUAAUUUAUUUUUUUAUGCAUAUUAUUUGAUUCUUGAAAUAAGUUACGAAAACUUUAUUUUUUAGUAACUUAUUUUCUAAUUGCAAUUCAAUUUAAAUGAAAUUCAUACACAUUUUAUUUUUCAUUUAUUAGUUGUAAAUAACAUUGAAAUUUUUUUUUUUAAAUAUUUUUACAAUUUUUGAAAUUAAUUUUUAAUAGAAAUUGUUGUGGGUGGAAUUUCUAAAUUCUUUAAAAUUGUUUUGUUCAUAAACAUAUUUUUAAUUUUCUCUACAUAACUAACAGAAAAAAAUAUUAUAAAUGUUAGAAAAAAUAAUAUCUUAAACUUGUCUUUAUUCUAAGACUUGAUUAAUUUUAAUAUUAAUUCAGUUUUUUUUUUAUGAAAACAAAGAACUUUAAAAACUGAGCACAUAUUAAAAACAGUAUUAAAUUAAUUUGCUCACAAUAAAAAUCGUGACAAUAUACUUUUUUUCAAUUUAACACUUUUGCAAAGCAAUUUCAAUUUUUUUAACAAUAAUUUCUUAGAAACUCUUUUUAAAAUCAUAAUGGUAUGAAUAUAAUAAUUAAUUAUAAUUAAUAAUUUUACUAAAAUUAAUUAAUCAUAAUUAAAAGAGAUUUUUUUUCCUUUUGAAUUAAUCAUUAAUGGUAACAAUUAUACUAAAUAUAAUUAGAUAAAAAAUAAAUUGUUUUUAUAUUUGGGCGAUUUUUUGAAGUUAUAAAAUGAAUAAUUUAUUAUUCAUUAAACAUUGAAUUUGAAUUUCCCGCUAUUAUUUAGUUAUAAAUUAUUAUUUUAGGGUUGGCACUUCUUAUCUAUUUGAUAUACAGCUAACUUCAAGAAAUCGCUACAAAAGUUUGAGUUGUGCUUAACCGUUUUUCUUAGUUAAGUUUUUAAUUGUUUUAAAUUGAAGCGUUAAUUGCAAUUAUUUAGCUAUUAAUAUUAAAUUGGAAUUAAAUUUUAAUCAGUAACUUCCAAGAAGUGAUAAAUAUUAAUUUAUUCGUUUUGUGUCUCGUUAUCCUAAAUACACGAUGCCAAAUAAAACUAACAAUGAAAUAUUCAAUAACAACAGGUAUUAUUUUAUUAUAAUAAUUAAUUGAUUACAUUUUAAUGUCAUAAUUAUAGUAUAACUCUUUUUAUGAACCGGAUGUUCCUCAGGAAAUUGCCUAACUUGCUUAGAGCAGACAAUAUUUACAUUUAUUUUGAUAAAAAUGAACUGUUUCUUCCUA